CUUCUCCCCCUGACUCUCUAUCUCUUCCAUGUUAUAUCGACGUGUCUUGGUCCUUGGAUUCCCCCACUCUCACCUCUAUACACCAUUCUUCAUCCAUACUCGUCGACAGACACCCAAAGCUGUUGGAUGCCGACACAGCCCUCGGCCCCCUUUUAUGAUUUAUGAACUCAAAGCUAGUACUAACCUAGCAACGAUGGCUGGAUGAGUAAAUCUAUUGCUCAAUUGCCGUAUUAUUGCCAUCUAUUUUGAAAUCAUAUACCAUGCGACUUCUAAGGCGGCCGUCGUUGACCUUGACCUUAUUAAUCAUCAUCACCAUUGUUUUGAUCCAACAGCUGAACCUCAAUCCAUUCAGCAAGAGUCCAUAUUAUGGCCAAACAACUCAGCUGUACGACCCAAAUGUAUUUGAGCCAGGGGUAGCCAAACCCGCAGGAUCCAACUACAGUCGGGUCCUGGUCAUGGGCCAUCUCCAGUCUGAAGAUGUCAGCUGGGUGGCGCGUGAACUACCAGAGUUCGACACCCACAUAUAUGUGGUCGACAAGCCUGACCCCAUCACAUCAGACCACGAUCCAUCCCGCUUGCCAGCGAACAAAGGCCACGAGGCCAUGGUGUACCUGACGUACAUCAUUGACCACUACACGUCGUUACCAGACGUGGUUCUGUUCUUCCACCCGCACCGCAUCGCAUGGCACAACAACAUCCUGCUGGACCUAGACACAGUCAAGACCAUCAAACUGAUCUCAUCGCCACACGUGGUGCGGCAGGGGUACUUCAACUCGCGCUGCCACCUAGACCCUGGCUGCCCGGACUGGUUGCAUGUGGACCGGCCACGCUGGAGGUGGGAUCUGCAUCGCAAGCCCGAGGAGCCCGUGUUGACGAGCGAGCUUUUCCGAGAGCUUCACGGCCCAAACCAACACACAGACCCGACCUGGCACCCGCCAGUCCAGCUGCCCGCUCACAUCAGCCAGCCUUGUUGUGCGCAGUUUGCCGUCAGCGGCGACCGCAUCCGCGCUCGGCCCCGCGACUUCUAUAUCCGCUACCGCGACUGGAUCCUGGCCACCCCCCUCGAUGACAAGACCUCUGGCCGUUUACUCGAAUAUUCAUGGCAGUAUAUGUUCACCGGCAACUUUGAGUUUUGUCCCAACAUGCACCAUUGUUACUGCGACGGCUAUGGCCUCUGCUUCGAAGGAGACGCUGGCUUGGAACAUUGGCUCCGAGUAUUGAGAGUCCGAGAGAAGGUUGAUGAGAAAAGAGUCAAGUUGCAUGACCGUGGCCAGGCUGACGGUGAAAAGUACAAGGCCUUGCUGGCCGAAAGCAACCGCCUUACGGACGAAUUGGAUCAUCUGAGGGAGCUCGCCUUGAUUCGAGGCUUUGAUCCAAGAAUCCGUGCUCAGGAGGUGGGAAGAGUAUGGCAUGAGGGUGAUGGGUUUUGACCUCGAUCGUCUGGUUGGUUACACAGGAUUGCUAUGGCGCCAUGUGACAGCUGGCUGUCGUCGUCGCCUUGUGCGUGUAUCUGUGCAAUGGAUGUAUGUUUUGAUGUUCAUGUCGACUUUGGAUCGCGAAUAGACAAGGAAUUGGCAAUUCAAAUAGGAAAAGGGAGGUUGGACAAAGGAUCGAACCGGUCCUUUUUUGGGAACAAAUACAAAUAGUGCAUAGGUAUUUGAUCAUUUC